UUUAUUUGUCAUUUUAGGCUCGGCAAACUGAAUUCGGCUCGGCGGCUCAGACAUCUCAUGGAAUAACAGUAAAGAAUAAUUUAUCCUUUUACUGAAUAAAAUAAAAAAUGGCUGAGAAGUCCCCAAAAUCAAUCGAUCGAUCCAACAGAGUAAUCCCACAUUGCCGUUUGGAAAAGGAGAAGAUACAUCAAUUGUAUGAGUUUGGGAAGAAACUCGGACAAGGCAGCUUUGGAGUUGUAUGUGAAGCCGUGAGCUUAGCCUCUGGACAAAUGUGGGCUGUAAAAAUCAUUAACAAAGAAAAGGCUGGAAGUUCAGGAGUAAAACUGCUGGAGAGAGAAGUUUCAAUCUUGAAGAAGGUGCAGCAUGAGCACAUAAUCCACCUGGAAGAAAUUUUGGAAACACCUGAGAAAAUGUAUCUUGUUAUAGAGUUGGCUGAUAAGGGGGAAUUGGCAGAUUUGCACAGAAGUAGAACACACCUGAAUGAAGACGAGGCAAAGACUGUCUUGCGGCGGCUCGCUAGUGCCAUUGUCUAUCUACACAAGGCGGACAUUGUACAUCGAGAUCUAAAGCUGGAGAACAUUCUUCUGGCAGAAAAUCCUAAAGAUAAGGAUGAUCAGUUGUACUUGAAGGUUACGGAUUUUGGUUUGUCGGUUGUGAUGGGUGGAGUUGGACAAGACAACAUGAUGCAGACCUUCUGUGGUACUCCCAUGUACAUGUCCCCAGAGAUUAUUGACAGUAAGAAGACUUACAGUCAGCAGUGUGAUGUGUGGGCAAUGGGAGUGAUCACCUAUAUGAUUAUCAAUGGUUCACCGCCAUUUCAAGCGAAGGACGAGGAAGCGCUGUACAGUGCUAUUAAACAAGGUGACCUUGACUUCUCCUCAGCGGCCUGGGUAGACAUCAGCGAAGAAGCAAAGAGCUGCAUCCAUGGAAUGUUGAAAGUGAAUCCUGCCCACCGCCUAACAGCUAAAGAAGUCAUGGACCAUGCUUGGAUAACCGGCGCCGCGGCAGGCCACGCAUCGCAGCCGACCAAUGUUCUCGAGAUGAUGAAGCAGUGGAAGGACGAGCUCUACGACGACACCUCGUCCCUAGCCAGCGCCAGCACGCUGUCGGUCGCCAGGAGACUCAGCCUAGACGUGGCCGAGCAGCCGCGCAGGGAGUCCGGCCUGCUGAAGAUCGCCGAGGACGCAGGCUCCGACGAAGCGGCGGGCAGUCGCCACGGUAACGACAAGCGCAGCCCGAGCAAGACGCCGUCGGGGCUCGUGCACGGC